GGCCCUUCUCACCAGGGGCGGGGCCUGUCCCAAGAAACUCUUAGAGGCUUAAGGAGUGUGUUGUUUGCUCCUCUCUGCGGCGCAGAAUUCCUCUGGGUCCGGGAGGGGUGGGAAGGACAGGGGGUCAAAUGCUCUUUGGAAAGGUGACUACCUGUGUAUGUGCUGGGCUCUGAAGGAAGGACGUAUAAAAGGAGUCCACUUCAAAGCAGAGGCAGCAUAGGGAGGCAGGGACGUGUGCCAAGGCAAAAGAGCCAGAACUGCACGGGAGACAAGGUAGCUGCUUGGGUGUGAGCAGGAAAAUGGGCGAUGGGUGCGAAGAGAGGAAGGCGGCUAUUAGGAAAAGCCGAGGGAGGAGGCUUGAACACCAGGAGCUGGGCCGGUGUGGUGCAGAGGGGCGCUUUCAAGGAGAGAAUGAUGCGCUCAGAGGCUAAAAGGCUAUAGGUUUUAGCCUGGUAAGACAAAAGGACCCUUCAGGGAAAGUCCAGAAAGGGAGGAAGGAGAAAGCCCCAUGAGUGAGAAAAUGACAGGAGUCCAGAGGAAACCAGAUGAGAUCUUUGAAAGUCUCAGAUCAUCGGGGAAGGGCCCAACCCAGCCAAGGAAGGGUGGGCAGGUACAGUGGUACUCCACAGUUAUCCUUCAUUUUGGAUCCAUGUUCUGUCCCCCAAUGUACUAGGGGUGCAUCUCUCACCAGACUCCCUCCAGGUACUGGACAUCCACUGUAUAUUAGCAGAUUUUCAAUCCUUUAAGGGUAAAAAGGAUAAGGACUGCCCGAGAAAGUCUUAAUUCUCACAAUAGAAUGUUUUUAGUGCUAGGAAAAAGCUCCUCAUGGUCUGGAAGUGCCAUGCUGUGCUAUCAGCACCAACCAUCACUGAUGGUGCUCUGGCCCAGGUACCCUCUUGAUCAAACUUGCCCCGUGUGAGGAAAAUCUUGGCUUUGGAGCAGGUACACAGCACAUAUCCUGACAAGUCCCAGAGGCAAAGCCAUGGAUAAAAUGACCAGGAAGAGAAGGUGAAGGGCCCACCUGGGCUCCUGUAGCAUGUUCUUGGGCAAAUCACUUAAAGCCACUGUGGGGCUUUUUGGCCUCUCCCUCCAGGAAACCUCCUAAUCACAUUCAGUCCCUAGGACUCAGGAUGCCCCUUCUCAGCAGCUUGCCAAGGGCAAGUUCCUCCCCAUCUUUUAGGUGAGAGCUUGAGCCCUUGCUCAGGCAAAGCAAUCCACAGGCCCCUUGAGGAUUUCCUUCUACAUCACAGGAGAUGCCAGCACCCAAAGGCAGCCAGAAAUGGGAUGGUGGCUUCAGGAGGUCACCAGAAGUCCCCACUGGAAUCCUCUCUGCCCCUCCCUUUCAGAUUAACUGAAACCUGCUAAUUGUGGCAGCCCUUGCAUGCUCCCCUCCCCCACAGGCUCUUCCUCUCUCUCUCUCUCCCCUCCCCCUUCCAUAAGAAUGAUAAAGGAGCCGGUGGCCCAGACUCAGCCUCCGGCUCUGGCCCAACCUUGCCACACUCCCAGGCAGCCCUCAGCCUCCCUUAGGCCAGGCUUUGGACCACACUGCCAGCUCAGACACACACACACACACACACACACACACACACACACACACACACAUGGGGCCUCGAAGCGACUCCCGCCUGGGGCUCCUGGAGGCAGAAGCACCCUCGAAGCCCACCAAGAGGAGAAAGAAGAGAUACCUGCGACAUGAUAAGCCCCCUUAUACCUACUUGGCUAUGAUCGCCUUGGUGAUUCAGGCUGCACCCUGCCGCAGGCUGAAACUGGCUCAGAUCAUCCGGCAGGUCCAGGCCGUUUUUCCCUUCUUCAGGGAUGACUACGAGGGCUGGAAGGAUUCCAUUCGCCACAACCUUUCCUCCAACCGAUGCUUCCACAAGGUGCCAAAGGACCCUUCGAAACCCCAAGCCAAAGGCAACUUCUGGGCAGUUGACGUGAGCCUGAUCCCUCCUGAGAUGCUGCGCCUGCAGAACACUGCCCUAAGCCGGCGCUGGCAGAACCGGGGCACACGCAGAGCCUUCGCCAAGGACCUAAGCCCUUAUGUGCUUCACGGCCAGCCCUACAGGACACCCAGUCCUCUGCUGCAGCCCAGUGAGGGCUUCAGCAUCAAAUCUCUGCUAGGGCACCCUCAAGAGGAGACACCCUGGCCCCAGCAGCCUAACCCACCUAGACAGGACAGCCCAGCUCAGGAAGGCUUGGGAUGUAGUGGGGAGGAGGUGAUGCCCACUUCACCAGUUCCCUCCUCUGAGAGGCCUCUAUGGCGCCUCUGCUCCCUCCAGGGGCCCACAACAGUGGAGGGGGACACUUCCCAAGGAGCAGUCAUUGGGCCCUCACCACUGUCCCCACAGCCUACAGCCUGGCCCCUCCCUGUACUGCAGGGUAGUCUAGACCCUGGGGGGCGGCCCAGUGGGGAGUGCAGGGCCUCCUUGUGGGGACAGCUGCCCACCUCCUAUUUGCCCAUUUAUACUCCCAACGUGGUAAUGCCCUUGGCCCCACUGCCACCCACCUCCUGUCCCCAAUGCCCACCUUCAACUAGCCCAGCCUAUUGGGGGGUGGCCUCUGAGUCUGGAGCUACUCCAGGGCUGCUCUGGGAUCUAGACUCCCUCUUUCAGGGGGUGCCACCCAACAAGAGCAUCUAUGAUGUGUGGGUCAGCCACCCUCGGGACCUGGCUGCUCCCACCCCAGGCUGGCUGCUCUCCUGGUACAGCCUGUAAAGCUCCCAGGACAGGGGCUGCCCCCCCCCCCAGCUUGAUAGCUCCUUUGAGGAGGAUGCCCACAGCAUUUACAAUAGCCUUAAAAUACCAGCCUUGUUGAGAGUCCACAAUGUUUAUUGGGCUACCCCAGAAAGAGUUGCAGCCCAACUAUCCAAGAGGUCAGACAUGCCCCUGCUUCCCCCAUACCCCAGGGCAAAGCUGGAGGAACAGAUUUCAGCCUGGAGUAGCCCUUCUUGGUCUCACCUUCGGCCCACCACCAUCCAUUUAUCCAUCCAUCACCAUCUGUCUCCUCCCCUUGCUGGCUCCAGGCUGGGGGAGGGAGAACCUAAUGGUAGGUCCCAGCCUCAAGUCCUGCCCUCCCUCAACUGUCUGGGAAGGAGGUAGCACCUUUUGGGAAAAGAGUAAGGGAGUAAAACUUAGACCCUACACAGUCUCGGGGUGAAGAUGGUGGGGGAAAUAACAGUAAAGAAAUUUAUAGCAUUGUAAUGCCAAGUCUGAUUUUUGAGGGCUGAGGUGGUGACUUGGGAAGCUACUUGGCCAGGAUCUGGCUCCUAUAGCUCUGGGAUCUCCUGCUGUGUGCUGUGAUAAGAGCAAAUGGUGAUAAGGAGGG